UUACGGAUGGUCAAUUCAGCAAAGAACGACCGAUGAAUUGUUCGCGAUCGCAUACUUGGCAAAAAAAUUUGGCGUACCUGGUUUAACAAAUUUAACAGAUUCUUUGUUAAAAUUUCUUCCAAAAUCAUGGAAAUCAGACGAUAAUGUCUGGGAAGUUGGAUUGAUGGUUAGCAAAUGGUUAAACUUGGACCAAACUAAAUUAGCUAUUUUAAAAUUUUUGGUAAAUUGUUUAUCAAACGCUGAUGAUAAAAAUAAGACGGAAAGGAUUAUAAUGAGAUUGGGAAAAGAUGAUUUAAAGGAAGUUGAACGAUUAAUGAUGGAGAUUUAUGGAAAAUUGAAUGCAAAUGCAAUAGGACAAGAAAGCGAUGAUGAUAGUGAGGAUAGCGUAGAAUCAGAUUCUUCAAAAUCAGAGGCGUCGUGUGACACGACUAAAAUAGAAAAGCUAGGAAAUAACACGCAUAAAAAGGAAACUGCCAAAAAAGAUGACGAGUCCUCCAGUGAAUCAAGUGAUGAGUCUA